GCACACUACUUCCAAUCGCAGAUGUCUUUCGUCUCUCUAUGAGCAAGAAGGUCCCCCCUCUGACGGCAGUCAUGAGAAAACGGCAUUGAAGCUGAGGACGAAGAUCUGGAUUUGGUCUGUUGGACUGGCGUGCUGAGUGCAUUUGCUGACCUUUAAGGUCCCGAGACAUUUCCUGGCACUGAAGCUGGCAGUCAGGCUUUCUGUGAGACCACAGCAGCGUACCUGUGGUUAAACUGGCAAGGGAAGGCAUCCUGCCCCACAGAACAGCACCAAGUUACACGUGAGUUAUGACGUGGCUCUUCUUGCUGCAGUACUUUCAUACAUCCGUCCAGGACAAUCUGACAGCUCACAGGAAUCAUUUCCCACUCCCAUGCAACGCCCCCAACGCAAGAAAGCAGGUUUAGGUGCCUGCACCCUCAGGGAUAUGCCUCAGUCCCUGAGACAGUUUGACAGCACACGAAAGGCAAGGAAAACAGGAGAGGAAACUGAAUCUUUCAGCUGGAUCAAGACCACUUCAAACUUGUUAUUCCCUCCCACCUCAAAAGUGUCACAGGCUUUAGCGUUCCUUUUUCUGCACUGUAGAGCUUUGCCUGCAGCCUGGCUCUGUUUGUAUCACUUUCAUCAGGUAGCAAAAAUAAUUUCAAGGCAGGCAGCUGAUGCACUGGGACGCAGCAACAUUCGUUACGGUGCUUUGCUCCCAGAGGUCACAUCAUAUCCCAGACCAACCGAGGAGAAAUCACUCUCUCCUGUGCACUGCCUCUGCAGCCUUCCCACAGCCCUUGAGGACGGUAGGGAUACGGCAUGGCAGAAAAGGGAUUUCCCUUCUGCUGGGGAACAGGUGCCCAAGGAACGUUCACAUCCCACGUGCCGCUGUGUAACCGCUCCAUGCCCGUGCCCCACGUGCUUCUGAAUGGGCAGCACAGCUUUUGGUUCACUCAGCCGCCUGUGGCACAGCACAUCAGGCUUUCUGCAGGCAUGGGGAAUCAUCCCAUCACUUUGUGCCUUACAACGAGUCCAAAACCUUCUCUUCUCAGACUCCGACUUCCAAUCCUUACACCUACAGAGAAGCAGAUUCUGUUUCUAAUAUCCUUCAACUCCAAGCCCAUAUUUUCCCAAAAGAAAAGAAUUCCGAGGUAACCACCUACAGCUCAGCGAGCGAUUUCAGUGCCUAUUUCUGACUGUGGCAAUUAUUCAGUUCAGAGGUCCCACUUAAUUUGAGGUGCCUGUUUUUAUUCAGACAAAGGCUGCAGUUGCAGCUGACUCUGCAAGACUGCAAUAGGAGGUGGUGACACAGCCUUGGGCUUCCGUGUUUGUGCUAAUCCCACGUUUCCUUUCUCUGCCUUGCAGGGCAGCUCGUGCUGGAAGCAGCCAGGAUCGCACUGUGAAUGAAGGUCGGCGUGGGAGCAGCUGCUGAUGGGAGCAGGAAGUCCAGGCUGAUGCACUCUGAGGCAUCUCUUGGUGCGGUACCAGAGGUGGCAGUAAUGAUGUCGGGGCACAGCUGCAGAAGAACGUGAGGAGCUCCCCAGCAGGAAGCCACAAAACCUGCAGAAACCGGCAGGAGAGCCAGAGAGUGCAUGGGAGCCCAGGAGGAAAUGCAGCCCAGGAGUUUGAGCGGCGCCUGGCACUGGAGUGCUGCGGCCCACGGCCAGAGCUAUUCUGCCUUCGCCGGGCCGGCUUCCCAAGCAGGACGUGCCUGUCUGCGUAAAACCAGAGGGCUGGCUCAUCCAAAUGCUUGCUGAUUGUUUGGAAGAUCAAAUUCUGAAGCUCAAAUCCUUCCAGCCUCCAAGCUGGAGGCAGCGCGGAGGCAAUAUCUCACGGGUCCAAUCGUGCGGCGCCUGAGCGAGAGGGUGACCUGAGAUGGCUGCACAAGAGUCACCUUCAUUUCUCUUAAAGUCUUACUUCCAAUAACCCCACUGGGUGACCCCUGUGUUGGUCUCUUAGAAUUUUGGAUCUAGGAGGUGUCCGCUUCCUUUGUUUAGAAUGAAAGCGCAGGAGUGAUGCGGAACCAUGGUGAGGUCACAGUCGUUGCUGGGGUGGCAGGGCUUGGCCCUCUGUGGCGAGCAGAGCUGGUGCUCUAGUGAGCGAGUGGCACACAGAGACUGAGCUCUGAGUGUUCUGUGGCAAGGAUCAUCCUUGAGAGCCCGUCAGAAGCACCGCUGCGGUGUGUGUGUGACCUGGGCACAGCCUGGACUGACCUGGACCAAGAGGUGAGCUGGGCUUGGUGCUGCCUGGUGGCUGGAAGGAGUCUCAGCAGAAAAGCUGGGCUGGGGAGGAGUUCCCAGCUCAAACGAGGCCCUUCCCAAUGGCUGUUUCCAGGGGAAAUGGAUUCUUUGUGAGAUUGUGGUACACGUUUGGGUGAGGAUGACGAAUUGCUGUCACUCCCCUGUGUAACGCUACAGUGCAAUGCAAAGUGCAGCAGUAACAACAGGGUGGCAAAGUCCGAGGCUGCAGCAAGCGAGGAUUUGCCCAAGUGCAGCAGUUGGGGACACAGACAGAAAGGAAAAAAACUGCUGAGCCUUGGAAGGCCUCAGGUAGCAGGGAUCUCCACUCAGACACCCUUGCCUCCACUGCCAACCCUUCAGUGAUGUCUGGGAAGGGUUUGUGUGCACCUGAGCUGCCCUGCCUUCCCACCAGGUGCUCAACCACUGCCUCAAGCUGUGACUGACCAUUGCCACACAGCCCUGCAAAACUGCUGCUGGGCCCCAGCCUUCACCUCAGACAGGACAAAGGAAGAAGAGCACAGACUUGAUGCAGUGCAACUUGUGCUUUAAUGACCCACGGAGCGCUGGCUGUGCCGUAUCCAGCACAUUUUUAACAAAACCCCACUGAAGUCACGGUGGAGAGCCGGGUGCUCAGCUGGGGACAUGCACUGUCCGGUGACAUCACAAGCACGGUGACAUCACAAGCACUGUGCUGGGGCCGUGGCUGCCACCAGUGAGUGCCACAGCCGUGAGCGCUGCACAGCAGUGUGGACACGCUGCGUAAGCUCUCGUCCCGGCUGGCAGUGAGAGUGGUGGUGGCUGACGGGUGCUGCCCGCUGUCGCUGACGGUGCUGCUCAGCCAUUGGGCUGGAGUGUGAGCUGGAAGGGAGAGGGACUGCAGCUGUGCCUGGUAAGCCAGAACUGUAGGUUUGUCAAACGUGGGAGUCGUACCAGUGCAUCCAUUGCAGCUGCAGCAAGAGGAGAAGAUGAAGGGAGUCAUUUUCAUGUCAGGAACGCAAAAUGCGUGCUGCUAGGUGUAUAACUGGUGGUGAGAUGGAGGACAGGGCUUGCUGGGAGAAGUCGUGGCAGUUAGACACAAGUUGGAUCUAGACUUGGCACAGUUCUUGCAACCUGCUGCUUCCCAGGCACUGCCCUCCUCCAGAGUCCAUGAGGCAUAAAAGAAGAAAGCUGCAAAAUGCUUAUUCCUCAUGAUUCUUCCCUUGUUGAUGCCUCCUCUAGGGUUCCUGUCCGAGAGGACAUUUUGUGGAUCCCAGCAGGUCCGGACUGCAGCCAGCUCCUUCCAAGAGCGGGGAAUUCCUUUGGAGACAGCCCAUCCUUGCUCUAAGAAGUUCCCCAUGGCUCUGCAAGGAGACGACUGCUACUACUAUUUCAACUCCGUCUGUCUUAAGGGAGACAGAUGUCCCUUCCGCCACUGUGAGGCGGCUCUGGGGAGUGAACGAGUCUGCCGACUGUGGAUACAGGGCUGCUGUUUCCGCAACGACUGCAAGUUCCGACACAUGAAAAUUGAAAAGCAGCGCAGUGCGGUUCCCUGCUAUUGGGAGAAUCAGCCGGGAGGCUGUCAGAAAGCCCACUGCCGUUUUCUUCAUUUGAAGGAACGCGGUGGGAACGGACCGACCGUACCACCAAGUGACGAAGCUGACACAAGCCUUCCCCUGAACAGCGGCCCUGCAGAAAGUCUGGAGAACCAGACAGAGGUUGAGGAGGCAGCAGAAGGAGGUGACAUCCCAUCUUCCUCCCAUGGCCCCGCUGCGCAAAAGCGCAAGCGAUGUGAUGAGGAGGAGGAGGACGACAAAGCUGAGGAACUGCCGCACAAGAAAAGAGUCAAGGCUGGACGCAAGGUGCGCGGGAGGCCUAUUGACUGGAAGACCACCUUCCCCACAAUGCGGAGACGGAAGCGGAAAGCAGCGGAGAUGCAACCAUCUGCUGCUGAGGACGCCGAUGAGCCUCCAGCCAGAAAACUACCUAUGGCGAUCCUUGCUUCAGUCCUGCCUGAGUACACCAUUGUCAGCGUUGAAGUCCUGAAGCUUCCAAGCAGUCUGGAACUGCUUCCGGGAAGCCAGGCAGAUUCUGUGGCACCAAUGGAGAUCCCACAUUUAACAACCUGUGCCACACAAGAAGCUGACCAGGCGCAGCAGCUGAGCUGCCCAGAGGUGGGGAAAGAACACUUCUCUGAGGAUGAGGACCUCGAGAAGUUACUGAUGGAAUUCACUGAAGAAGAACUCGAUGCAGAAAUUGAUGACGACUCUCUGGAUACAGAUGAGCUCCUAAUGGAGCUCUGAGACCAAUGACAUCACAACAUCAUAGUCUGAUUGUGUAUUUUACAACAACAACAACCACCAUCAAUUAAAACCAAUCCUAUUUCUUUUCAACCCUGUUCCUCCUCUUUCUUAUUCUGAGAGGACGCUCUUUCUCAAACUGUGCAAUGAGUCUUAAAGCAGAGUCAAACUGGUCAAAAUCAGCAGUGCCUGCAUUCUGUUCUCCUGACUUCCAUGCUGCUCAGAGUUCAGGGGCCGUGCACCCACUCCCCAGCUCUGGGCGGCUGCCUUCAGCAUCAAGAGCACAAAGCACUGGUGUGGGCACAGAAAGACGUCCAUCCCCAAGGCCAAACCUGAAACCUCUUCCUUCCUCCCCCCUUAGCAAAACUCUGCAUUGGCUUCAAGUGGAAGCUCUGGGGUUCUGCUUCCUUGGACUAUGCCUGUGUCAACAGCAGCGCUGCCACCCCCACCUCCCGCUUUCUCCCCCUUCCCUCAGGUCUCACGCUGCAUGGUGCGGUUCUUCUCCUUGAACAAAAGCUGCACACCCAGUACAACCAGCACACCCCUUUCCUUGCCUACACCCUGCUUGCCCGUGGGCAGCAAGGGGCAGCGGCUUGCAGCGUUAGGGCAAUCCCUUAUUGCAUCUGACUCCUGCUUCUCAUCCCAUUGCCCAUGAACAGCGGUGGAGUCACUCAGCUCCUGACAGCCCAGUGCAUCUGCACUGGAUCCUGGCCAAGGGGGCAGCACGGAAUUGGUGAGGCCAGCAAGUGCUGGCGUUUGUGCCGCUGAUGCUAAGCAGCAGAAGGUGGCACCAUGCAUGGAGCUGCUCUGUACAAGCACCUGGCCCAACCUGGGUCGGGAUGCUUCUCAGCGAUGAACAUAGCCUCAGGGCUGUCUACCAGUGGAAGCUAGGACAAAGUCCUCCCACUCGAGUCAGCCACAGUCAUCAUCUGCUGAGGAAUGCCAGUGCAUGGUGAAUGUCUGCUCUAAAUGCAAGGCGACGGAAACCAUGAGCAGAGGCCAGCUCACUCUUCUUACAUUCACUUCCCUACUUGUUUAUGUCUUUAAAUUAUAGCAUUUCUAUCUCAAAUGUUGUUUUACACCCACACAUUUCUCUUUUUCUCUGUGUGCCUGUGACCAUCCGUACACAGAUGUAGGGUAUUAUGUGAGCCAGUGUGGAUCUUGUCCUUUCAGAUUAACAUAACAGGUUCCAGUUCAUGUGCAAUGUUCUAACUAGGAACAGUAAUGCCCUUACAGUAAUAACUCCCACGUGCACCCUAGGCCCUGCUCCUAUUAACAGAACAGCAGUUAUUAUUUGCAGGUUAGACACAAAGUCGGCGACCCUCAUCGCUCUACGCAAAGUCUUCCAUAAAUAAGGACAGACAGAGUUGCCACUUACAGAGAAGACCAUCAGGAAUUGUUCGUGUAACGUGAAAUGCCCUCCUCUACAACCUCCAAGGAAUAAAGGUGCUCAAA